AUGAUGGAACCAAUCUCGAUCUCAUCGACAGUUUGCACGCUACUCCUUCCUUAUCCGGAUCCUGAAUCUCUCACUCAACUACCCAAGACUACGUGCGGUAAAGCCGGGUUUGACUUUUUUUUCAGACAUCGCAUUGCUCCCACCAAACAUGAAAGAAUGCCACAAAUGCUUGGUCUCACCCUCCCACGGUGAGCAAUCACACGUGCCGGAUAGCAUACUACCUCCUUCACACCGUCUUCCCGCCCUGGCCCUAAACACGUUGACACCUGCAGCCAAACAAACAAAAUAACUAAGACAACAACAUUUUUCCAUCUUACAUUGCAAAACUUGCCCCCUACCCUCUCUCCCAGCAGGUCUUGCAGUAUCUCACCAACCAACCAACCAACCAACCAACCCUUCGUUCAAACACUGUCUUAAACUUCCAAAACAACAACAGACCAAAGUCUCGUAUUCCUUCCCUCCAUCCAAAAAUCGUUAAUCCGACUUUUUGUUUUGUUUUGCUUUGCGAGGCUGUCUUUGCUCGUCUCGAUUUGUCAAUGAAACCUCGUCCAUGGAAAAUACAAAUUACACCUCUAUCCACAUUGUAUCAAAACAUGUCACAGCCUAGCAGUAACACA